AAAAAUAUACAUGUAUAUUUUUUUUUUCAUACAUUUAUUUAUCAAUAUAUUGUAUAUAAAUGAGCAAGAUAACUAAAGAAUUUAAUGUUGAUGAUUUAGAUCAGUUAUUAAAUUCUGACCUUGAUAAUGUUGAUAAUGACUUGGAUAUAAAUGACCCAGAGUUAUUGAAACAACUACAAGAAUUAACUUCUUCUUCUACUCCUACUCCUACGUCAAAGUCAAAACCAAAGGUUCUUAACCCGGUUGCCGAUAUUAAUUUUAAUAUUGAUGCUUAUACUAAGCUUGCUCAAGGUCAAGAUGAUGAUGAUGACAUUAAAGUAGAAUUUGACGAAAAGGAUUUAAAUGAUACCAAUUUAUUGAAUGAACUUUCAUUAAUUAGCCAAGAAUCAUCUUUAGCGCCUAGUCAAGAAGUAAAUGACUUGAUCAACAUGGGAUUCACACAAAAGCAAUCUGAAAGUGCAUUAGACAUGUUUGAUAACAACGUAGAAAGAGCAGCUAAUUACUUGUUUGAUACACCAGUACAUAAAGAGGAGCCAACCAAAAAUGAUGAAAAGAAGAAUCCUCAGUACUGGAAGGAAAAAGUACAGGAAUAUCAAUCUUUGGCUUUAAAUGCAAAAAGACAGGGAGAUAAAAAGAAGGCUAUUGCCUUAUUACGUGAAUCGAAAGAAUAUAAUGCAAGAUAUCAAGAGUUAAUUCAAUCACAUGAAGAGUCUGAUAAAGGAAUAGCGAAAUUAACAAUAGAGCAAAGUGCCAAUUCAUCACCGCCGUUGCCUAAAAAUGAAGCUACUGAAGAUAGAGUAUCCACAUCAGUAGAUAUAUUAAAGGCAGAUGCAGCUAAAACAGAUAUAUCUAAACCAGAGAUACCUACAACUAAUAUACCUGCAUCUGCGAUACCUAAAAAUGAGAUACACAAGUCUUCAGCUAGUCAACAAGAAAUUCAAAAUUUACUUUCAAAGGUGAUCACACUACAAAGACAAUACAAAGAAGCAGCUCUUCAUUAUAAAAAACUUGGCAAUUUUUCUAUUGCAAAACAAAUGGUUCGUACCUCUAAAGAUCUUUUACACUUGGGUAUUAGUAUCAAAUCUGGUGAAAGAAGUAGAUUAGAAGACAUCCAACUCCCUGAUGCACCUGAUAUGACAUUAGGUAAUGAUAAGCCGUCAUGUCCACAGUCUCAAGAUGAAAUUAAGGCACAAAUAAAGUAUCAAAUCAAUAUGUGUCAUCAGUUAUCUCUACAAUCCAAACAAAAUCGUCAUUUCUCAAAGCUUGAAGCUGCCUUCUCAAAGGAUCUCAAAUCACUUUCCGGAUCCUUUCAUUACGAGACAGUGCAAUAUGUCUAUGCAAAUAAGCUUGAUGAAAUUCCUGAAAAUAUAAUGCAACUUAAAAUUCUAAAAGCUAUUCACUUACCCACAUUAGAUAUCGCAGGCACCCUUGAGCCAUUUGUAACAUGGGAUCUCGGAGGCUGGCCACCAGAGUCCUCUCCACAGGCAUCCUUAAAUAAGGGAGAGACGCCUGUUGUAAAGGAUGCAAAUUUUGAUUUUACUUUGAUGAUACCUAUCAGUCGUUCUCGACCCUUUCAACGUUACUUGCAACGUAAGAAAUUAACACUUGAGGUCUUUCAUAAUCGAUAUACGUAUGGGUUUUUUAGAAGACCUAUAUCAUUAGGAAAAGCAGUGAUUCCAUUAGAUCAGCUCUUAACCAAAGCCACUCUAUCUGGCAUCUUUGAUUUAUUGGAUGGUGGACGAAAAAAGACAGGAGGUAAACUUGAGCUACAAGUGAAUUUGAGAGAACCGUUAAUAGAAAAAGAUAUGAUGAAGCGAACUGAAGAUUGGCUAGUAUUGGAUGGAAGUGAAGUAUCUAAUUAUUUAGUAGCCGCAGGAUUAAGUACAUCAGCACAAAAACCUGUUUCUCCUAAAACAGAAAUUAAGACAGAAUCAACAACUCAGGUGGAACCAAUAAAAGAUAAUGAAUUGAAGACUGCAGAAGAAGAAUUUAAUAGUGUGGAGGCACUUGUUUCUAAUAUGGUUUUAGAACAUGAACUUAAACUUACAAAUUCAGAAUUAUCAAUAUAUCCCAAUAAAGAAGAAUUAAUAGAUCGAAAACAAGCACUCGAUAUUAAGAUGAAUAUGCUUAUAAUUCAAGUGCAAACAGGUCUUUUGGAUAUGGAAACUUAUUUAAAACAAGUUGAAAUAAGAAUGGAAAAAGAUCGUCGAUUAGCCAUGAUUUUUAAACGACAUGGACGUUUAGAUUUAGCUAAGGCAGUACUGGUAAGAAAAAAAAUCAUGCAAGAUGAAUUAGAAGAAGCUAAAGCAGCCAUAAUGACACAAUAAAUUUAAUGUUGUACAAAGAUUCACAAUAAUAAUAAUAAUAAUAAUAAUAAAAA